AGGGGGCAGUGACGUCACAACAGAGACAGGAAACCGUAGAAGAAGUCGGGGUUGUGCUUCCUGUGUGUGUCGGCGUGUUUGGUUCUUGUGAAGCUAAAGUUUCCUUCAUAAAAAGACAGAAAGCAGCAGAAAGCAGCAGCGGAGAUGGCUCGAAAUGCUGAGAAGGCCAUGACGGCUCUGGCCCGGUUCAGACAGGCUCAGCUGGAGGAGGGAAAAGUGAAGGAGAGGAGGCCGUUCCUGGCGUCAGAGUGCAGUGAGCUUCCUAAAGCAGAGAAGUGGAGACGACAGAUCAUCAGUGAGAUCUCUAAGAAAGUGGCUCAGAUCCAGAACGCUGGUCUGGGGGAGUUCAGGAUUCGGGAUCUGAAUGAUGAGAUCAAUAAGCUGCUGAGAGAAAAAGGUCACUGGGAAGUUCGGAUCAAAGAGCUGGGAGGACCCGACUAUGCACGUGUCGGCCCAAGGAUGUUGGACCACGAGGGGAAGGAGGUUCCCGGGAAUCGCGGCUAUAAAUACUUCGGAGCGGCCAGAGACCUGCCGGGAGUCCGAGAGCUGUUCGAGAAGGAGCCUGCCCCAGCGCUGAGGAAGACGAGGGCAGAGCUGAUGAAGGACGUGGACGCCGAGUACUAUGGCUACAGAGACGAAGACGAUGGCGUCCUGCUGCCUCUGGAGAUGCAGCACGAGAAGCAAGCUGUGUUGGAGGCGGUGCAGAGGUGGAGAACAGACAGAGAGUCUCGUCUGUCGGGAGACAAACAGCAGCAGGAUGAAGAGGAGGAGGAAGAGAGCAUUUACACCAUCCACAAUGAAGAGCCGGAGGAUGAUGAGAGCCGGGAGGAGCAGGAGGGAGAGGAGGGAGGAGUCUCCUUCAUCGCACACGUACCUGUUCCCUCACAGAGAGAGGUGGAGGAGGCUCUGGUGAGGAGGAAGAAGAUGGAGUUGUUGCAGCGUUACGCCAGUGAGACUCUUCAGGCUCAGAGUCAGGAGGCCCGAACCCUGCUGGGACUAUAACCUGUCUGUCUCUCUGACCUGUCUGUCUCUCUGACCUGUCUGUCUCUCUGACCUGUCUGUCUGCCUGUGUGUGUUAAAGUGUUGAUGUAAAUACCGGCUCUUUUUUUAUAUUCGGCCUGUUUCUAAUAAAACUCUGAGCUCA